AUGAAGGUUCUGGACGCGGGAUGCGGAGUCGGCGGACCAAUGCGCGCGAUCGCGGCCAAGUCCGGGGCGAAUGUUACCGGGGUUACUAUUAACGAGUAUCAAGUGGAGCGUGCUCAGCAGCACAAUGCCCGGAGAGGGUUGGACAAGCUGUGCACGGUGGUCCAAGGGAACUUUCUUGAGCUACCAUUCGAGGAUAACAGCUUUGAUGCUGCUUAUUCCAUCGAGGCCACCUGCCAUGCUCCUAAGCUGACUGACGUUUACGGCGAGAUCUUCCGCGUGCUGAAACCCGGCCAGCUUUACGCGACGUACGAGUGGGUGAAAACGCACAAGUACGACCCUGACAACAAGGAGCACGUUAAGAUUAUUGACGACAUCUGCUACGGAAACGCGCUUCCGGAGCUUCGGUCCUACAAGGAGAUCGUGGAAGCUGCUGAAGCCGUGGGGUUCGAGGUUAUUGACAACAGGGACGUCGCUGCUCCUCCUGCUCUCCCCUGGUGGACUCGUCUCAAGAUCGGCCGUAUCGCGUAUGCUCGCAAUCACCUGCUCGUGAAGAUCGUGAGGCGAGACCGGGAUCUUCACUCCCGCACACCUGCUGCUGCUCCGGAAACCCGUUGCCCCGGCCUCCACUUAAAUUAG